UGCUUUAACCGGAGUUAAUCGCCAACCGACGAUCCGCCACCGUCUCUUCAUUUUCUCCGGCCAAAAUUUCACACAUUCAACACCAGAAAUAUAUAUACACGCUCACACAACAAUCGGUGGUGUUUGAUCGUUGAUUUCGCUAGGUUUUCCCGCUAAAACUUCCAAAUUUGAGCCCUGAUUUCCGACUUUUCACAGCCAACGAAGAUUUGUGCUGAAUGUCAAAAUCGCAAUCCUGAUGUUCACCGAGAAUUGUGAAAUUCAAGCAAUAAUCAACAAUCGGAGGUUUUUCGCCGUUGAUUUCGGUAGGUCUUCUGGUAGAAAUUACGAAUUUGAGCCCUAGUUUCUUACUAUUGAUAGUGAACGAAGAUUUGAACUUAUGAAUAGCGGAAUCUCAAUUUCGUAAUCCUGAUAUUCAUCGAGGAUAUGAAAUUCAAUAAAAAAAUAACAAUCGGACUAUCGGAGGUUUUUCAUCGUUGAUUUCGGGAGAUUUUUCUGUUAUAAAUUUUGAAUUUGAGCCCUAAUUGCUUACUUUUGAUAGUGACUGAAGAUUUGAACUGACGGAAGGGAGAAUGUCAGUUUCCUGAUCCUGAUGUUCUUCGAGGAUGUGAAGUUCAAUCAAUAAUCAACAAUUGGAGGUUUUUGAUCGUUGAUUUCUGUAGGUUUUUUUCGGUAUAAGGUUCGAAUUUGAGCCCUAAUUGCUUACUUUUGAGCAAAAUGUCAAUUUCGUGAUCCUGAUGAUCACUGAGGAUGUGAAAUUCAGACUCGUGGAAGUUGUUCUGAUAGGAGAAAAUCAUGUGGUUUUCGUUUUGGAGAUCUAGAGAUCGAUUCACUUUGGAUGAACUCAGAUAUUUUACCGAACAGCUGAUGAUAAUUGAAGUUGUUGAUGACGUGAACAAGGAUUUUGUGAGGGAGGCACUGAGAUCAAUUGCAGCGUUGAUUACAUAUGGCGACCAGCAUGACUCAGAAUUCUUUGAGGUUUUUAUGGAGAAGCAAAUCAUGGGGGAAUUUAUACGCAUACUAAAGAUCAAUAAGCAUGAGAUUGUUGCACUUCAAUUGCUACAAACAAUGAGCAUUAUGAUUCAAAACCUGAAAAGUGAUCACUCCAUAUAUUAUUUGUUCAGCAAUGAACACAUAAACUUCCUUAUUACUUAUUCUUUUGACUUCCGGAAUGAAGAGCUAUUGUCAUACUAUAUAUCCUUCCUCAGAGCAAUCAGUGGGAAAUUAAACAAGGAUACCAUAUCUUUGCUUGUUAAGACUGAAAAGGAGGAUAUAGUUGCCUUUCCACUAUAUGUUCAGGCAAUUCGUUUUGCCUUCCAUGAAGAGAGCAUGAUUCGUACUGCAGUUCGUGCGUUGACACUAAAUAUUUAUCAUGUGGGAGAUGUACAUAUUAACAAAUAUAUCGCAAGUACCCCCCAUGACGACUACUUUUUGAACUUCGUUAAAUUUUUUAGAGAUCACUGCAUUAUCUUAAAUGGAAUGGUAUCUUCUACCACAGAGAGCCAGAGUCCAGAACCAACCUCUAGCAUACUCUCUGCAGUGGAUGAAGUUGAAGACAAUCUAUACUAUCUUAAUGAUGUUGUAUCUGCUGGGAUUCCAAAUGUUGGGAUGCUAAUAACCGACAGCAUGUUGAAACUCCUCGUAUUUCCAAUGCUUCUUCCUUCUCUAAGAGUUGAAGUUUCUGACGGAAAGAAGUUCAGUUCUGUCACUUCUCUUUAUUUGUUAAGUUGCAUAUUGCGGAUCCUUAAGAUUAAAGAUCUAGCGAAUAUCGUUGCAGCUGCCCUAAUUUGUUCUAUUGAACCCCCUAAUGGCUUCAGGGAAGACCAUGAUGAAACUCAUGGCGAUAGCCAUGUAGAUGAUGAGAAACCAAGUGGAAUUCUGAAUUCUAGUAACAUGAUAAUUUCUAUUCCAAGUUUAUCUAGCACAUCAUGCGUUCAACAUAGCUGUUUGAGUUCUGCUUCAGUUUUAAGGGAUGCUUUGAUCUCUUACAUCACAAGUGGAAAGGAUAUGCAAGUGGUUGGUUCUUUGAGUUUAUUGGCCACUAUCUUGCAAGCUAAAGAGCUUGAUGAAUCAUUGCUAGAUGCUCUUGGAAUCCUUCCACAACGUAAACAACAUAAGAAAUUAUUGCUGGCGUUGGUUGGUGAAGACACUGGUGAAGAGCAGCUUUUUGCUUCAGAAAAUUGCACAUCGAACGAUUGUAUGGAUGGUGAACUCAGUAUUUACCUGCAAAGGUUAAAGGAUCAAUACGAAGUGUCAUGUUCUUACCAGGAAGUUGGAGAAAGCCCACGUAUACAUAGAUGUCUAGUAUUAGAUGCAUUGGUUAGUCUUUUUUGUCGAAAAAACAUAUCAGCAGAUACUUUAUGGGAUGGAGGUUGGCUUUUGAGGCAAUUGCUUCCUUAUAGUGAGACCAUGUUUAACGCUCAUCAUCUUCAGUCCCUCAAGGAUUCCUAUAAGGAGUGUUGUAGCCAACUUGCCGAAGAGCAAAGAGGAUCCUGGCCUGAUCUACUCAUACGAGUGAUGUGUGAGGAGUGGAGAAAAUGCAAAAGAGCAAUCGAGGCUUCAUACCCUCGUAAGGAACCCAAGUCCAUGCUCUUCCCGACAAAGAAAUCCUCUUCUAGUGAUGUUAUACUCACAGAAUCAUCUUUUGCUGCUGCUGCAAUGAUGUACGAACGUGUCAAGGUGUUCGUACUUCUUUAUCAGCUCCAAAUUUUCAUAGCGGGUAGAUCUUUACCAGAUCAGCUUCCUAUCCUUCCUCCAGCUGACUUCCGUGAAAUUUCAAGAGCAAAAUCCGCGGGUCUGAGUAUUCUUGGUCCAAAACUGAGCACUGAAAUGAAUCUUGUUGAUUCGGUGCCAUGUAGAAUUGCUUUUGAAAGGGGAAAGGAACGUCACUUUAACUUUUUGGCAACUUCUAUGGGAACUUUGGGAUGGAUAAUCCUUGCAGAGGAAUCACCUCAUAAACCUGGUUAUGGAACCAUUCGUUGUGUUGCCCCUCUAGCCGGAUGUAAUCCAAAAAUAGACGACAGCCAUUCAAAAUGGUUACAUCUUCGAAUCCGUCCACCAACUUUACCCUUAACUGAAACCGCCCGAAACUCCUCCAACCUUAAACUAAGACCAAAAUUAUUGGUUGAUGGAAGAUGGACCCUCGCAUUCAAAGAUGAUGAGGCGUGCAGAUCAGCUUUUACCAUGAUUCAUGAAGAAAUCGACUUGCAAUGCAGUGAAGUAGAGAGAAGACUUAAACCCAUGAUAUCUGGAGAUUUUUGACCUAUUCAGGUCAAAAAGUCAACACAUUGCGUGUUUGGCGUCAUCGUGUUACCCCGUGUAAGCUUUUAAUCAUACAGAUAAUGUGUUGUGUGCGUUCUAAUGCAUGGCCGCCUUUCUGUAAA